AUGGUGGACAAAGACGACAGCUUGCAGGAAAUCAAGAACGAGAAUGUCGACCUUGAGCGCAUUCCGGUUGAAGAAGUGUUUGAGCAGUUGAAAUGCACCAAGGAAGGCCUGACAACCGAGGAAGGACAGAAGAGGCUGCAGAUCUUUGGCCCAAACAAACUCGAAGAGAAGAAGGAAAGCAAGUUCCUGAAGUUCCUGGGUUUUAUGUGGAAUCCUCUCUCAUGGGUCAUGGAGAUUGCUGCUAUUAUGGCCAUUUGUUUGGCAAACGGAGGAGGCAAACCCCCAGAUUGGCAGGAUUUUGUUGGAAUCGUGUCAUUGCUUCUAAUCAACUCCACCAUUAGCUUCAUUGAAGAAAACAAUGCAGGCAAUGCUGCAGCGGCACUUAUGGCCGGUCUUGCUCCCAAAACCAAGGUCCUAAGAGAUGGAAAGUGGUGCGAGCAAGAAGCUGCAAUUUUGGUACCUGGGGACAUUAUCAGCAUCAAGUUGGGAGAUGUCAUCCCAGCUGAUGCACGUCUCCUUGAAGGUGAUCCACUCAAGAUUGAUCAGUCUGCCUUAACUGGUGAGUCUUUACCGGUAACCAAGAACUCAGGUGAUGAGGUAUUCUCUGGUUCUACCGUCAAGCAAGGUGAGAUUGAGGCUGUUGUUAUCGCCACUGGUGUGCACACAUUCUUUGGUAAAGCUGCUCACCUGGUUGAUAGCACCAAUAACGUAGGGCACUUCCAGAAGGUAAUGUCACAAGCUACGUUUAUAAAACUAUUUGUGCUGACUGCAAUUGGAAACUUCUGCAUAUGCUCAAUUGCAAUAGGCAUGAUUAUUGAGAUUGUGGUGAUGUAUCCAAUCCAGCAUCGACAGUAUAGGGAUGGAAUUGACAAUCUCUUGGUGCUUCUCAUUGGAGGGAUUCCUAUUGCCAUGCCAACAGUUUUGUCCGUGACAAUGGCCAUUGGAUCUCACCGACUUUCUCAACAAGGAGCUAUUACCAAGAGAAUGACAGCUAUUGAGGAAAUGGCUGGAAUGGAUGUACUCUGCAGUGACAAGACUGGGACGCUUACUCUCAACAAACUUACUGUCGACACGAGCAUGGUCGAGGUGUUCAUAAAGGAUGUUGACAAGGAAAUGCUUCUUUUACUUGCGGCUAGGGCCUCAAGGGUUGAGAAUCAAGAUGCUAUUGAUGCCUGCAUUGUGGGAAUGCUAGGUGAUCCCAGCGAGGCCAGAGCAGGUAUCACGGAGGUGCAUUUCUUCCCCUUUAACCCAGUUGACAAGCGUACAGCCAUGACAUACGUUGACUCUGAUGGCACUUGGCAUCGAGUCAGCAAAGGUGCACCAGAGCAGAUUAUUACCCUCUGCAACCUCCGAGAAGAUGUGAAGAAGAAAGCUCAUGAUAUCAUUGAUAAGUUUGCUGAUCGUGGACUUCGUUCUCUUGGUGUGGCAAGACAAACAAUUCCAGAGAAAACUAAGGAGAGCUCCGGAGGUCCAUGGCAAUUUGUGGGUAUUUUGCCUCUAUUCGAUCCUCCAAGACAUGAUAGUGCGGAGACAAUUCGUCGUGCACUCCAUCUUGGUGUCAAUGUUAAGAUGAUAACAGGUGAUCAGCUAGCAAUUGGUAAGGAAACUGGUAGGAGGCUCGGCAUGGGAACCAACAUGUAUCCAUCAUCUGCUCUCCUUGGCCAAAAUAAAGAUGAUACAAUUGACACAAUCGGUGUUGAUGAGCUUAUUGAGAAGGCUGAUGGCUUUGCAGGAGUUUUCCCAGAGCACAAAUAUGAGAUUGUGAAGAGGCUACAACAAAGGAAGCAUAUUUGUGGCAUGACCGGAGAUGGUGUGAAUGAUGCACCAGCUCUUAAGAAGGCAGACAUUGGAAUUGCAGUUGCUGAUGCAACUGAUGCUGCUCGAGGUGCAUCAGAUAUAGUAUUAACAGAACCAGGACUAAGUGUGAUUGUGAGUGCUGUUCUGACAAGCAGAGCAAUUUUUCAGAGAAUGAAAAACUACACCAUCUAUGCUGUCUCUAUUACCAUCCGUAUCGUGCUGGGUUUUAUGCUCCUUGCCCUUAUUUGGAAGUUUGAUUUCUCGCCUUUCAUGGUUUUGAUCAUUGCCAUACUCAAUGAUGGAACAAUUAUGACCAUUUCCAAGGACAGGGUUAAGCCAUCUCCAAUGCCUGACUCAUGGAAGCUCAAGGAGAUUUUUGCCACCGGCAUUGUCCUUGGUGCCUAUCUUGCUUGCAUGACCGUUGUUUUCUUCUGGGCUGCUAACGAGUCCGACUUCUUUUCAGAUAUGUUUGGGGUAAAAUCCAUUAGGAACAAUAAAGAGGAACUUACAGCUGCUGUCUACCUCCAAGUGAGUAUUGUGAGUCAGGCGCUUAUCUUUGUUACUCGUUCCAGGAGCUGGUCUUAUGUUGAACGCCCAGGUCUCCUGCUAGUGACUGCGUUCAUUCUAGCACAACUUUUGGCUACUGUACUUGCUGUUUACGCAAACUGGGAGUUCGCAAGAGUAAAAGGCAUUGGAUGGGGUUGGGCUGGUGUUAUUUGGAUCUACACUGUAGUUUUCUACAUCCCACUUGAUAUUAUCAAGUUCUUUAUCCGGUAUUCUUUAAGCGGCAGGGCCUGGGAUAAUCUUCUUCAGAAUAAGACUGCUUUCACAACCAAGAAGGAUUAUGGAAGGGAAGAGAGGGAGGCACAAUGGGCAACAGCUCAACGCACCCUUCACGGAUUACAGGUUCCCGGGACAGAAGAGAUCUUAAAUGACAAGAGCAGCUACAGAGAGUUGUCAGAGAUCGCUGAACAAGCCAAGAAGCGUGCUGAAGUUGCAAGGUUGAGGGAGCUUCAUACACUCAAGGGGCAUGUUGAAUCAGUUGUGAAGCUCAAAGGACUUGACAUUGAGACUAUCCAACAACACUACACUGUAUGAGAAAGAUAGGACAACUUUAGCAUGGGAAAUUAGGAAAUAUCCAAAACUUUUUCUUUAUUGGUUUGUUCUGUAAUAGCAGAAAGCCGAGGCUUUUCCUAGCAAUUAAGUUAUGUAUAGGUUCAAACAAUUGGAGUUUCACAUGGCAGCAGCGGCAGCUAGUUCUUGUCAGCAUCAAUCAAAUAAAGAAAA